AUGACCGAUUUCGAAUCUCAAAAUCUUCAUGCCGCCGCUUCUUUGGACAAUUUGAGUCUCAAAAAUUGGACGCUUCCCUCGGCUCCAACUCCUCAGGAUUCUUCAGAACCUGAAUCCAAAAAAUGUCGUGUGGGGUCCGAUGAAACGUCUUCUGGAGAAGGAGGAAUCAUUUCAAUCAUCCCCGGAUUCAUAAGAGACGUUUGUAAAAAUCCAAAGAGUGCAGAGCUCCGAGUCGCCUAUGAUGCUCCAACCUUGCAAUGCACCUACACCUACGCUAUCUCUUGGGAGGAAGAUGGAGAUUCGGAUUGUGAUUCCAAGUUUUCGAAAAUUCGCGAAGCUUCUCAGCUGGCUCGAAAGAUCUCUUCUAGUCUUUCUUUGGGCGGUCCACCGACACCUGUCACGGCCAGAUGUGAUGGUCCGUGCAAAAAGGAGUUCCAGUCAAACUUGUUGAGUACCAUUGGGAGAUGCGAUCAUUACCUGUGCAACGCUUGCUAUGGAAUCGUCAAAAAUUCGGAUGGAACAAAUGGCUGCAGUUCUUUGAACUGUUUCUGGAAAGGAACAUCUCGUGAGGAGAGUAAGAAGAACUAUGAGAAGGAUGUUUGUCGAAAGCAACGGACCAAAGCAACCGAGAUGAAUUCGUUGGGCAUCGACGUGAAGCCAGCGUCGGCGGCUAGCUCGCGGUUGACACUGACUCCCUCAGUCUCCGCACCCACUUCAUCUAACUCUGCAACAUCUGAUGCUGGUACUCUUACCAUUGUCCCAUCCGUCAAGUCCCGCCCAAAUCCGAAAACUCCAAUCCGUCUCCGCUUGAUUAUUGUGGAACCAUCCGAGCAAUAUGGAAUGACUCACACCUACUGUAACCUGAAAGCUCUUUCAUGCAUCAAACUGAUCACGGCGAUUGAGACAAUGUUGGUUCGAAAACAAAGAAGCACGGAGGAGUAUAUUCCGAAAGCGAGCCUCUACUAUGGAUUGUUGAAAGAGGAUGUGACCAUGGGAAUGCGAAGAAUCAAAACGGCCAGUUAUUCGGGAUUGACGAUUGGCGAUAUUCCGAAAUUAGGUCAUCGUCUUGUCUUGAUUAUGGAUAUGGGUGAAUAUGUGCCAAAGGGAACCAAGAUUUAUUUGGAAUAG